AUGAAUCCCAUUCUAAUCACCGCUGGCCCCUACCAAUUUCUUGCCACCUUUGAGGCCGCGGCUCCGAAGACCGUUGCUGUCUUUCGCAGCUUGUUGCCUUAUAAAAGACAGCUCAUUCACGUCCGUUGGAGCGGUGAAGGACUCUGGGUGCCAUUGGGAGAGACGGAUUUUGGUCUUCCAUGGGAGAAUCACACGGCGCAUCCCGGGGCGGGGCAAAUCCUGCUGUAUCCUGGGGGUAUAUCCGAGACGGAGAUAUUGUUUUGCUACGGGGGGGUUGCGUUCGCGAGCAAAAUGGGGGCGCUGGCGGCGAACCAUUUUUUGACCGUGAUCGAGGGUCAGGAAAAUCUAAGGGCAUUGGGAGAGUUGGUGUUGUGGAAGGGGGCGCAAGAUGUGCUCUUUGAGGAGGCCACAGAGGAAAGGUGUGUAUCAUUGUUCGCGGUAUUAGGUCUAUGGGAUUGCUGA